CACCAUCCUCCCCUUCCCGCUGCCGAGCCCGCCGGCGGGGCGGAGCAGGCGGCUCCGGGGGAGCGGGCGGGCCGCUCACCUGCCCGCCCAGCCCCGCCGCGGCCGGGGAGCCGGAGCCGAUGGCGGCCGCCGACCCGCCGGACGCCGGGGACCUCUCACAGCUGGCGGAAAAUCUGCUGUAUCAGCUGCAGGAGAAUUUUCAAGCCCUGACUGAAAAGAUAACGUUUUUACUGGAAGAAAUGGGCGAGCGCAUUGAUGACCUCGAGAAGCAUGUUGCUGACCUGAUGACAGAGGCUGGGAUAGAAAACACCGACGAAGAGUUGAGACUGAGUGCCACUACAAGGGGUAGUGCAAACUAAUCACAAACAUGUAAACCGAGACUGGACAUUUGUAAUAAAACGUGUGUGGCUUAAAGCACUCCCACCCACCAUUCCUGUCCCGCAAGUAUGCUAACCUAGCUGAUUGAGGAUUCCUGCUGGUUUAAAUUUAUGUACAUCUGCUUUUAAACCUGCUUCAGCUUCCCAAUGUGGCUCAGAGCACACCUCUUAAAUACAUUCACCCCGACCACAGCAGUAGUUUGUUCUCACAGCACUAAGAUGGGGGAUGGAAGGAACAAGGAUAAGUUUAGUAUUAUUGUCAAACGCUCUGUAAUAUAAAAUCAUGCUACAGUUCAGGAUUGUGUGCUAGAUUUUAAGUCGCUAUCUGUUGAAACUGCUACCCGCCCCGAUGGAUGCCUUAGCCAGUGUUCUUGGUAUUUAGGAGACAGGAUUGCUUCCCUGUUCCUUGGGUGAAAGUGAUGUAAUCUUCCUGUUGUUUUGUGUUUUCCUGAUUCAAACUGAGACACACCAAUUAUUCUUGUCAUUCGGAGACUGCUCACACAGUGAAAAACAGGAAUAUCUGUAAAUACAUUGAGCUAAUGUAGGCAUCCAUUCAUUUGGAUGCCUUUUUCAUGAUAAACUAUGAAACAAUUUUCAGAAGUAUAGAAGUACAAUCCAUGAAAAUGUAUUUAACUGCACAGAGAUCGUCCUACUUUUAUGCUGAAUCACAUUCAUGAAUAAUUAAACCACUAACCUACUUA